CAAUAAAGUGGGACACCGGAGAGUUGAGGAGGAAUUCAUCACAAAGAGUCACAUAUUGUGCAGUGAGAGAAACGUCUUAUUUCAGUAAGAAACCCGGCAAUUUGUCAGAAAAUAAAUCCCAAACAGAGAAGACAUCAUUCUACACAAUGGAGGGCAUGUGUUGUCAAAUAAUUAUGCAGACAUGUGAAAACAGAUGUAUUCAAGAGUAGAGAAACCUGUGAAACAAUGGUGAGAUAUGUUUCGAAAAGGAAAGAAACGUCACAGCAGUAGCAGUUCUCAAGGCAGUGAAAUCAGCACUAAAAGCAAGUCAGUAGAUUCCAGUUUGGGUGGUCUCUCCAGAUCUAGUACAGUGGCUAGUCUUGAUACAGAGUCCACAAGGAGUUCAGGACAGAGUAACAGUAACUUUGACACAUGCACUGAAUUCCGAGUGAAGUAUUUGGGGGCUAUUGAAAACUUAAACUCCAGUUUAUUUGAAUGUCUUCAAGGACCACAGGAUUUGAUUAAUUAUAUUGAUUUGGCACAGCAAUAUGGAAAACUACCCUUUAUACCAUCUGAAGAGGAGAGUAUUUUAUACGUCUCCAAAUAUGGUAUCAAAGUCGCAUCCUCUGAUCAAUUUGACAUUUUGCACAGACAUCCACUUUAUUUGAUAGUGAGAAUGAUCUGUUAUGAUGAUGGUUUAGGAAUGGGAAAAAGUCUCCUUGCUUUAAAAACGACCGAUGCAAACCAGAAUGAAUAUAGUAUCUGCGUGUAUCAGUGCAAUAGCUUGGAACAAGCUCAAACAAUCUGCAAAGUUCUAUCCACUGCUUUUGAUUCAGCACUUUCCUCGGAGAAAUCCUGACAAUUAUUCUCUUAACAAUAUAUUUGGAUUCAUUGUUAUUUACCUUGUUUUAACUACCUUCAUCUACUAUUGUUGCCUUAGAUUUAUGAACUAAGUGUAACAAAUUCUUAAGUUUGAAGAUGUCUGCGUUUCAAUAUUUUCAAUAAAUUGAGAAAUAAUUGUCUGUUA